AUGACCAUAUCGAGGCCGCCCUGCCUAACGGUACAGAUUUCACUUCCUUGUUUCUUUGAAACACAGAUCACUUGCCUCACCAGUCUUCAAAGCUUUGUUGACAGGUUUGGUAAAAAGGGAAAAUCCGAAAUUUGUCUUCCAAAUGAAAGUGUAAGCGCUGUAGUCACGGUGACCAAAGCCAUACAUGGCCGCUUCAAAUUGAUCUUGGUGCUGCACGAUUUGAAAGUCUUUACACAAAUAGCAGUUCAAACAAGCUUCCACGCAUUGGAUUACUGGGAAUGUGUUACAUGCGUAUCUGAGCCGGAUUCUAGAUCAAAAGAAGUUGCGGAAAGAUUGAUCAGAGUAAGUUGCACGGCGAUUCAUGAAAUAGUGGACAAGAAAUUCUAUUUUGAUCUCCCUAUUAUAACCAAAGUUAUCUGCAAUAUUUUAUAUCUAAGAUUACGAAACAUUAAGAGUACUAAAAGUUACCUAGAAGAGGCAGACAGAGAACAUACCAAGUGGCACCGUAUUCGUGUAUCAAGGCUCGCCUCUGAUAUGUCCAACCAUUUCCUAGCUAGUUUCGCCAUUUCUUUCAGUUUCAAUUCCGGAUCUAGGGCCAAUAACAUCCCACAGAGGAUACUGAGAUUCAACAGUUCUCGGAUCUCUCAUUUGAAGCGCUACUCGACAGGGCCUACUCUACUCUGGAUACUCGUCCCCACAGAUGAACUCGAGCUUCAAUAUUGUUAG